ACUCUCCACAUUACACAGCUAACCUCUAAACAACAAUGAAUAGCAUCAAAGCCGUGAUUGUGUGUUGCCUCCUGGUGGCCGUCUCCGGCGGUAUAGACCGAAGGAGAGGUGGACAAGGAUCCAACAGAUUCCUUCCUGGAGGUUUCGGUGGCGUCCACGGAGGUGGCCUCUUCGGCGGCGGUUUUAAUGGUGGCGGAAUCCAUGGUGGCGGAAUCAACGGUGGUAGUGCUAUUAUCGGCGGUGGAGUCUCCAAUGGCCCAAGCCAAUGCAGAUACUGGUGCAAGACUCCGGAGGGUCAAGCCUACUGCUGUGAGACGGUGCAUGAACCAGAGACACCUGUUGGUACCAAACCACUCGAUUGCCCACAAGUUCGUCCCACAUGCCCACGUUUCCACGGUCCUCCCACUACCUGUUCCAACGACUACAAGUGUGCUGGCCUCGAUAAGUGUUGCUUUGACAGGUGUUUGGGAGAACACGUGUGCAAACCUCCCUCCUUUUUCAAUAAUCAUCUCCCCUUUUAAAGGUGGUUAUUGCAAAUAAAGAGUCAUCGGUGUUCCGGUUGAUAACGGAAGAUAGGGGAUCUGUGAUUUGUAGAUAUUUAUUUUUGAAUAAUAAAUCCUUAUGUGUUUAUAA